AUAGGCACUUUGUUUGGACACAUAAGGGCGAAGUAGAGAAGCAAGAUGGAAGCAGUAAGUGGGCUUUACCCAUUUCGUCAUUACAACUACAGUUGUUAAUGGAGUUGUUCACUUGCUAUCUUCUUCUUCUUCUUCUUGCAAAUUCCUAUUAAACCCAACUGAUCCAAUCCUAGAUUAAGUAAGUAAUCCGACACCAGAUUCAAGGGUUUUGUUGGGUUCUAAUUCUGUCGGAUCACACUCUAAAUAAUGGCCUAUAGAAGGAGACAGCAGCAGUCAAACCCAGCAAUCUCCACUUCUUACAGUAUAAACGAGGAAGAAGAAGACGGCGAGGAAGAUCAUCAAACUAACUCAUCGUCUCCUACUUCUCUCGCUGCCAAAGCUAUUAGAGCUUCUUCUGCUGCUCACAGAGACUCCUCUCUCUCCUCUGCUUAUGCCUUUAACCACCGCUCCUCCGCCACCGCCACUGCCGCCUCUACUACAACUGCUUCUAGGGAUUCAAAGCCACAUGAGUACACUUCAAUGAAGAAUUUAAAUGAGUCUAAGCAAGGCUUUUGGGGUGCUCUUUCUAGAAAAGCUAAAUCUUUUCUUGAUGAUGAUGCUUAUGCUUCUCAACAUUUGGAUUCACCUGCCAGACCCGCCUACAAUCCAGUUAAACCAAAGCACCAAAAUCCAUAUACCUCUCAGGAUAGCGAUAAAAAAACAGAAACUCCUAAAUUGCAGAAAGGACUCACUGCAAUCUCGUCUUCACUAAAUUACAUCGGCAAUGCUGUUGAGGAGGGUCUUACCAUUGUGGAAAAUCGAACUUCAGACAUCAUUCAAGGAACACGUAAGCAUAUAAGGAAGAAGCCUAGUGCUGCUGCCGUACAGAAUCAGGCGACCUAUCGUGGCAGUUCGUUGCAACAACCCCAAUUACAGACUCAGAUGCAACGCCAGAUGCAAACGGAUCAAGAACUUCAAAUAAAAGCAUCUCGCGACGUUGCAAUGGCUAUGGCUGCGAAGGCUAAGCUUCUUCUAAGAGAGCUGAAAACUGUUAAAGCAGAUUUCGCUUUUGCUAAGGAGCGAUGUGCUCAGCUGGAGGAGGAAAAUAGAAUCCUUAGAGAGCAUCGUGAAAGAGGGGACAGCCCAGAAGAUGAUGAUUUGAUACGACUUCAACUUGAAACUUUAUUAUCAGAAAAGGCUCGAUUGGCACAUGAGAAUUCAGUCUAUGCUCGGGAGAAUCGAUUCCUAAGGGAGGUUGUUGAAUACCACCAACUUACCAUGCAGGACGUUGUAUACCUAGACGAGAGCACCGAGGAAGUCACGGAAGUAUAUCCCAUAAAAGUGGUGUCCAAUACUCAAUCUUUUGCAGCUACAUCACUCUCCCCAGAAGCUUCACUUGGUUCAGGUCUGCAACCUAUUCCAGACGCUUAUCCUCGGCCUGUGCCUCCACCAGGACUUUUGGAGGUUCCUAAAAGCUCCGUUCCCUCAAAUCUAAGAGCUUCCUCAACUGCCGCUUUAGACACAAAAGAUUAUUCAAGUUCUGGUUGAAUAGAAUUGCUCCACAUUUGUAUUUUUUUUUUUUACAUGCAUAAAUGUGCAACUGUAUGUUAAAUGUCCGUGAUUCACUUUUCUGUCAAUUCAUUUUUCAGUCUCUUGUGGCUGAUACUGAUGUAUAUUUCCUAUCAUGUAUUUUACACCUAUAUUAAUAUAUUUUUGUGUUCGAACU